GUUCUAAUGUCAACGGGCUGGAGGAGCCCAGUCUGGCCAAGCGGCUGCGUGGCACGCCUGAGCGCAUCGAGCUGGAGAACUACCGUCUGUCCCUGCAGCGGGAGGAGGAACUGGAAGAGGUUCCCGAGGAGACGCUAGCAGAGCAUAACCUGAGCAGUGUGUUGGACAAAGGAACAGAAGAGGAUGUGCCCAGCAGUAGUUCAGAGUCUGAGAUGGAGGAGGAAGAUGAGGAGGAAGACGAUGAACUACUGCUGCCUCAGCAACCCCCUUCAGACUUGGGCGGUGUGCCAUGGAAGGAGGCUGUGCGCAUCCAUGCCCUCCUGAAGGGCAAGAGUGAAGAAGAGAUUGAGGCUGAGGAAAAUCAUGAGAUCGAGGACAAAGAAGACGAGGAGGAGGAGGAGGAGGAAGAUGAAGAGGAGGAAGACGAGGAGUCAAGCGAAGAGGGAGAGUAUUGCCCUUGGGAGAGAGAGCUGCAGCAAGGCCUCUGGCUCCAACAUCUCUCAAACGAAGAGGACACGGGUACAUUUAAAGCUGGAAACCUUAGGCUGCAGCAGAUUGUAAAUCCGGUUGAUCCUCUGGAGAUCCUGGCAGAUGUGCACUGGACACACAUCCGUGAAAAAGAGGAGGAGGAAAAAAUGGUCCCAACCUCCAAGUCCUCCACCUCCAGAGCAUCCGACCUUCCCUCCGUACGCCAUGAGGCGGUACAGGCGUGGCUGGAGACGGUCCCUGGAGCUCCAUGUGAGGAUAAUGAUGUGGAGGACGAGCUGGGCACAGAGCCUGCAGACACAGAAGGGCAGGCAGGUGAAGAGGGAGAUACGGGUGCAGAGCUGGAUGACGAUGACAUCCCAUCUGAUGCAGAAGCACAGUUUCACUUACAUCAAGGUGGCGUGGAAGAGCCAGAACUAAAAGUCUCUGAAGAUGAAGAAGAUGAAGGAGCAGAAAGUGGUUCUUCCAGUGUGACAGGAGAUCCAUGCAAGCCAUCCAUCCCUAUCCAGCCAUCUAGUGACAGUGUUCUUCCUCUGUCUCCAGUUGAUAGUCCCAAAGCAAAAGAAGCAGAGGAUAUAAAAGAUCCCCUGGCUGAAGUAACCUGUGCAAUAAAAUCUCCAGAAGCACGCUUUUUUCCUGAGCCGUUCAUUCCUGAAGAAGGACCAAAGGAUGAAAUUCCCAAAGACAGGAAAGUUAAGAGCCCUUUGGUGCCACCAUCUCCAGUGUUAUCGCAGCCAGUUGCAUCACCAGAAGCCAUUGCACCUACAUCACUAGCAGAGUCUCAGCCAUCAGUACCAACACUGGCUUCAUCCCCAACAUCUGCUCAAAUGCCUAUUUGUUCCCAGCCUUUGCCUUCUGCCGAAACAUCCAUUCCAUCCCCUGUGGAGCCACCAGUAUGUUUCCAACCUGUCCCAGCCUUAACGUCUACUCCUUUAGCCAAACUGGUCCUUAGGGGCCAGCAUAGUGAGGUCGAAAAACUGGGGAGCCCUACUACUGCAGAAGAAGCCCUGAAACGGAGUAACCUUGUAGAGGAGUUCUGGAUGAAGAGCGCUGAAAUCCGGAGGAGCUUAGGACUCACCCCAGUAGACAGAAACAAACGCCCUGAGACAAACUUUACUGUAUCUGCCCUUGAGACAACUCCUCUGAAGACUUUUAAUAGCGAGAAUAUUUCAGGGGAUGAAAGGAUCCAUCUUGUGAAACCCCAGCCUGCCCCAAGAAGACAGGGACUGUCCAAGUUGGAAAAUGAGCAGAUUUCUCUGCUCACUCCAAAAUCGCCAUCAGAAAAAGAGCUAAAGGGUUCCAGUGAAGUAAGGAGGGAUGUAUCCAGCAGUUCCGGACUUGGCCUUCAGGAGAGCUCAUCUAACAUGAGAACUAUGGCUAGCCAGAGCUUCAAUACUUCUGACUCUACCAUGCUUACUCCUCCAUCGAGUCCGCCGCCACCACCUCCUCAGGAUGAAGAGCCAGCCACUCUGCGUAGAAAGAGGCACCAAGCAGUCUGGCAGAAUGAGAUCGAAGCCAGGUCACCUCCAACACCAGCAUCAACACCUCCUGUGCCCCCACGCCACGAGCCGACCUCUGCUGCCAAAGAGUCAACCCAGUCCAAGAAAGACGACGUGCGGAAAUCUUUUGCAGAGAGCGUGGAUGAGAUUCCUUUUGCUGACGAUGUAGAGGACACAUAUGAUGACAGGACAGAGGACUCAAGCCUUCAUGAGAAGUUCUUUACACCUCCUACCAGUAGGCCAAGGCCAGAAAAAACACUUCUUUUGCCCUUAGUCAAAGAAAAUGGUGGUCCGCCCUCAAUGGAAGGAGAAGUUAACCAAAAGAAGAGAGUGAUGCCUGAAAUUUCUGCAGAAGCCAAGGAGCUCGCUGAAGAAAGAAUGAGAGCCAGAGAGAAGUCUGUCAAGAGCAAAGCACUGCGUGAUGCCAUGGCUAAACAGUUGUGUAAGAUGAAAGAUAUGGAGAUGGCUGCAGCUGGCGCCACAAGGGCAAGAAAGGCAUCUUCUAUGCCCUUGAAGACCAAAGAGUUGUUUUAUGACUCUCCAAAGUAUUUGGCCUUGAAAAUAGCAGAGGGAUCCACACUAAAGCAUGAUGCUACUAGUGACAAGUUCUCUACUCCUGCUGCUGAUGUGGCUGGACCUGAAGGGUCUGUCACCUCUUCAGAAGGCUCCAGUGGGAAGAGUAAGAAAAGAACUUCUCUUUUCUCCCCUCGUAAGAACAAAAAGGAGAAGAAAUCCAAAAAUGACAGCAGGCUUUCCGACAAAUCUAGUGGUGGGACAGAGGAAGCGACAAAGCCUAAGUCAUUAUGGAAGUCUGUUUUCUCUGGGUACAAGAAAGACAAGAAGAAAAAGGCUGAUGACAAAUCCUGCCCAAGUACUCCCUCAAGUAGUGCCACUGUGGAUUCUGGCAGGCACAAAGCUUCUCCGUUGAUUACGGCUGCAGAUUUGCAGCUCCGUCAACAUCUGAGUUUCUCAGAGGACUCUGACCUCUCCAGUGAUGAUAUCCUGGAACGUUCUUCCCAGAAAUCCAGGCGAGAGUCGAUUUAUGUACCACACGCCUUGGCAUUCAAGAGAUCAUACUCGUCAAAGAGAGCCUACACAGAAGAGGAACUGAAUGCCAAGCUGACCCGGCGAGUACAGAAAGCUGCCCGUAGACAAGCCAAGCAAGAGGAGCUAAAGAGGUUACACAGAGCUCAGAUCAUCCAGCGGCAGCUUGAACAAGUGGAAGAAAAGCAGAGGCAACUCGAGGAGAGAGGGGUUGCUGUGGAGAAAGCCCUUCGAGGAGAAGCAGGAGUAUCAUCUGAUCUGGCAGAGCAUAUGAGUGAAGGAGUGCUUGGUUCAGAUGAUGCUGAUAGUAAUAUAAAGAUUUGGAAAAAAGAACCCUCAAUUGCAAGGAGUCAGAUAUCCAACGGGCAAACGCAGCGUGCGUGUACCCGACAGAUCACGUACCUGAUUACAAGGAUCAGGGAAUCAGAAAUGAUAAGAGUGUUGGAAAAUGGAACAGGUGUUCGGAAGACGUUUGAGCUUGUUGCUUGGAUUGAGGAGCAACUGCUAUACCUGUGA